GGCCCAGACUCGACCCGACCUAAACCGACCCGUGGCUUUAUUUGCAUGGCAGUUAAUUUAAACAAAUGAAUCGGCGGUUUCCAGACUAGAUAAAAUACAUUUUUUUUCUUUUUCCAAAUAACGAUGCAGCCGCCCUUUCCUCCAAUUAGAAACCCCGUCUAACCUACGCCGGUUGUGCAUACCAAUCUGUCUUCCUUAUCACCUGCGCCUUAUUUUGUUUAUUUAUUUAUAGUAACCCAGACAGUCUCUGCUAUUCCAUUCUUGAAGCGAGUCCUCUGCAAAUCCACCAAUCAACUUAUCUUUUCAUCCUUCAAGCUUCACUUCUCAUAAAUUUGUCAUACAUAGUGGUUUGUUUUCAUGAUUAUAGCUAGGAUCAGUUUUAAUUUGUUGAUGAACUAGAUCCUACGUACGUCCGUUCUUGCUUCACGACUAUUAAGCGUAGCUAGAUUUUGUUGGCAAAGCUUAUAUAUAUAAUUUCGAGUUUUAUGAUGAAGAUUCGUGAUUUGGAUUAAGAUCAGAAGCAGUUUCAUCACGCGCGAAUUUUUGUGUACUUCUGUUUUGGUUAUUUCAAAGUGGGAAAAUGCGUUCCUUGCUGCGGUUCAUCAAGUCGACAACACGUAAAAAAUUGCUGCAGAAAUACGAUCAGUUUUCUUUCACCGGUGCUGUUAACUUCCGACCAAGAGAAUAGGAUCUGUGCUAGAUUUAGAUAGAGAUAGAGAGAAGAAAAAAGAGAGUUCGACUUUUUUUUUUUUUUUUUUUGGCCCUUUUCGAUCUAUUUACAUAAAACAACCUAUAGGUGUUUGUGAAAAUGCCGCAUAGAACAACUUACAUUUUCCCGAGGCAAUUUCCCGAAAGCGGUGGGAUCACGAAUUCGUUAUCAAUAGCUGAAGAUCACGAGAAGAAGAUCUCGAAAGAAACUUCAAGUUUCAUGAUCGCAGGCGAUAGCGAUAGGGUCACGAAUACAGAUCAUGUAUAUGGACAUACAGCUUUGCUAUCCGGACGGCACCAUUUUAAUAGCUGUAAAAGCGAUCGGAGCCACGGGAAGAAGACCAAACAGCAACUUGCUGCUUUCGUAAAUUGGUUGGUGGAGAAAAAAACUUCCGGAGGUGAUUCAGUUUCCGGCUCCGGGCACGUGAGGCUGAACAACAACGACUUGAAACAUUUCUCGCCGGUGCCGGUGAAGGAUGUUGUCGACGACGACUGGCGUAGUCACGUCUCCGACGCCGAUUUUAAUCAUCCAACCACACAGAAAAGCAUUGGUGAUCGACAGGUUUCUCUGCGGAGGUUAUCCAGUGAUGCCGCAAGUAGUUACGCGGCGAGUUUGUUCUCCGGCACGAUCGCUACGUCGAGUUCUGCUGCUUUUUAUAAGGAUCCGGUAACGGAGGAGACGAUAGGGAUGAGGGAGGAGGAUGUGAUGGUGGGGAAUGGUGAUGGUGGUGAUGGUGGUGAUGGAGAUGAUGGUCGUCGGAAUCUUGUCCAAAGGUGGCGUGAGAGUUAUUACUUGCAACUUACGCUAGCUAAACGGUUAACCCAUCAAGCAACCAUCGGUGACGAGCCUACACUUAUACAAGGACGUGGUGGUGGUGGCGGUCCUGCCGUGACGUGUUAUGAUGCAGAGUCUGUUUCGUAUCGUCUAUGGGUUAAUGGUACUUUAUCUUACAAUGAUAAGAUAUCAGACGGGUUCUAUAACAUCCUGGGAAUGGAUCCGUAUAUGUGGAUGAUGUGCAGCAACUCUGAAGAAGGCAAACGCUUGCCAUCUUUACUCUCACUCAAAGCUGUGAAUCCAGGCACUACAUCAAUGGAGGUGCUUCUUGUGGAUAGAUAUGGGGAUUCACGCCUCAGAGACUUGGAAGAUAGAGCACAAGACCUGUAUUUUUCUGCUGAAAACAAUCUCAUGUUGGCUGAAAAGCUUGGAAAACUUGUUGCUUCUACAAUGGGGGGGUCGUUUCCUAUUGAGCAAGAUGAUCUCCAUGCACGAUGGGAAUCGGCUAGCAUGAGGCUGAGGGAUCUUCAGAAUGGCAUUUUGGUCCCGAUUGGAAGCUUGUCCAUAGGACUCUGUAGACACAGAGCUAUUCUUUUCAAGAAACUGGCAGACUAUGUGGGACUACCUUGCCGGAUAGCUCGAGGCUGCAAGUAUUGUGUUGAAGAUCAUAGAUCCUCAUGCCUUGUCAAAAUUCAAGACGAUAAAUCCACAAGGGAGUAUGUAAUGGAUCUAAUUGGGCAACCAGGAAACGUGUAUAAUCCGGAUUCAUCAAUCAAUGGAGAUAUACUUUCUUCGGUGCCUUCACCAUUUCAAAGCUCUCAUUUGAAAGAAGUUGAACAAGUUUAUGUGGACCGAGCAUCCAUUUCUCAAGUCAAGAGCAUUGAAGGAGGAGGUGGAGUAUGUGAGGAAGAAAGUGUAGUAGAAUCAAAGGAAAUGAGAUGCGUCCCAGUCCCAAUUGAUAGAAACUAUAGAGUUUGUGAGAUGAUUGAAACGCCAAAAGCAGUGAAAUACAGUACUAGUAGUGAUCAAAUAUCAGCUAAAAUUGAUCAAGGCAAGAGUACAAUUAGUGAUGUGGGGAAAUUUAGAAGCAAUAGUUUUCCUGUGACUGCUCCAAGGUACUUGACCCUUGAGCCAUCUCUUGCAAUGGACUGGCUGGAGAUAGCUUGGGAUGACUUGCAUAUCAAGGAGCGUAUUGGUGCUGGCUCUUUUGGGACAGUGCAUCGAGCAGAGUGGCAUGGAUCGGAUGUGGCAGUUAAGGUAUUAACUGUCCAGGACUUCCAAGAUGAUCAGUUGAAGGAGUUUCUGAGGGAGGUUUCAAUUAUGAAACGAGUGCGGCAUCCGAAUGUGGUUCUGUUCAUGGGUGCAGUGACUGUUCGCCCACAUUUUUCAAUUGUGACAGAGUACUUACCUAGGGGUAGUCUAUUUCGUCUUAUACAUCGACCAACAGCUGGUGAAAUUAUGGAUCAAAGGCGACGUAUACGCAUGGCUUUGGAUGUGGCAAAGGGCAUCAAUUAUCUUCAUUGUCUUAAUCCUCCCAUCGUUCACUGGGAUCUCAAAUCUCCAAACUUAUUGGUCGAUAAAAACUGGACUGUCAAGGUUUGUGAUUUUGGGUUAUCCAGAUUUAAAGCAAAUACUUUCAUAUCAUCAAAAUCUGUUGCAGGAACACCUGAAUGGAUGGCCCCUGAAUUCCUGCGUGGUGAGCCCUCAAAUGAAAAAUCUGAUGUUUACAGUUUCGGUGUCAUCUUAUGGGAGCUCGUCACCAUGCAGCAGCCAUGGAACGGACUCAGCCCUGCUCAGGUUGUGGGAGCAGUGGCUUUCCAGAACAGGAAACUAACGAUACCCAUCAACACCCCUCCUGCAUUAACCUCACUCAUGGAAUCAUGCUGGGCUGAUGAUCCUGCUCAACGCCCAACUUUUAAGAGCAUUGUUAACACUUUAAAGAAGUUGCUCAAGUCUCCAGCACAAAUGGGACCUCCAUGAAUUCACGAUCGACUACAUUUACAUUAUCUUCUCUUCUCAUCUUUCUUUCUUUGUUUUUUUUUUUUUUCUAA